CACCCAUGCAUAAAAUGAGAGGAGCAGAAUAAGACCAAAUCUUAUCCAUGCAAUGCAUGAAUCAUGAUAUAUAGCUGGCUUGUGCUCUGUGUUGGAAGGCUGAGUGCCGUCCAUUUUCUAUGACCCUCCUUUAUUAGUUCAGAUAAAUUUAAUUCUCCAUAUGCUAUCUGCUUUGUGAUUUAUAUGGGACUUUAGCUCCUUUCAAGAGGAAGAUAAGCCCUAAUACUACAGUCAUUCAUAUAUACACUCAAAUUGUUCUUGAUAUUGGGUGUGGAGUUUAUUUUUGUUUAAAAGCUUUCUUUUUGUUUUUUGUUCUUGGGUGUUAAUGGCAAAGGAGCUGUUAAGUAGGAAGUGUUCUCAUUGUAGGCAUAAUGGGCACAACUCUAGAACAUGUUGUAGAGUAGUUAAAUUGUUUGGAGUAAAGCUCACUGCAAUGGAUGGGGACAUACAAAUGAGAAAGAGUGUUAGUACAGGGGACCUCAUUCAAUACCCUGGUUUUAGCAGCAUACAGACAGACUCUGGAGCAGCUGGAGAUGAAGGGUAUUUGUCUGAUGGAUUGCUUCAUACUUCAAGCAAAUCCCGUGACAGAAAGAAAGGGGUGCCAUGGAGUGAAGAAGAGCACAGACUCUUUUUGGCUGGACUGGAAAAGCUUGGGAAGGGUGAUUGGAGAGGGAUAUCCAGAAAUUUUGUUACAACCAGAACUCCUACACAAGUGGCCAGCCAUGCCCAGAAAUAUUUUCUCAGACAAAGCAGUCUGCCCAGAAGAAAACGUCGAUCUAGUCUCUUUGACAUGUGCCCACAAACUCAAAAUAUUACAAGCUUCUCCAUGAAAGAAGAUUCACUGGAAAACCCACAAGAAUCUUCCCCAAAUUUAUCUGGGGAUUUAGAUUUAUCAGCAGAGGUGGUUCCAAAUUUAUCUCUGUGCAUAUCUGCAGAGAAGAAUGGAGAAAACAUAGCUGAAUCUCAGCCACAGUUAUUGUUGCCAUUAUGGCCAGAACUAAAACAGAGCAGCAAUGGUAGCCUGAAUUCCACAGAAAUGGAAGAUGUUGGAGAACAGACAGAGUUAAGCCUAAGCAUUGCGCCUCCUUCCGGGAACACAAAAUUUGUGCAAUAUUAUUUUGGGAGAGAACAAAAUUUUCCCAGGAAUUUCAUGGCCAAUGCUGCUACUAUCAGAGUGGUGUAAGACACCUUUUUACUUUUAUCUGGGUAGUGAACAGAAACAUUCAUAUUUCAAUCCUGAGUUUGAAGAAUGAGUGUCUCUCUAAACUGUAUUAUACAAAUUAGUUGAAGAAACUUGAUUUGUACGUCUGUAUAUAUUCAAAGCUGGUGUUUUUAUUUCAGAACUGUGCAAAUGUUGGAGCAUAAAGAUUAUGUAAAAAUUCUGUAAAUUUGUUUUAUCAUAAUAAUCUAAUGAUUUCUUAAA